GAAAGCUAAUCAGAGUGAGUGAGCUACGGAUCUGGGUGCAUCAUUCUCUUUAAUAUGUCAAGAUCCAGUCCUUUCCGUGUCGCUUCCAAAAUCCCAACAAUGGGAUACCUGUGUUUGCCACUAUUCCAGCUAGCGCUCUCAAAUCUAUCCUGUGAAGACAAUGAAAUGUGUGUAAAUUAUGAUGAACAAUAUCCUGAUGGCUGGUCUAUCUGGCUCCUCCUGCUGAUUGUCAUGGUGGUUCUCCUUUGUGGAGUAGCGCUUUUCUGUCUGCAGUGCUGGCUGAAAAGGUGUGGAAUUGAUCGCCCCAGACGCACCAUGGCUGUUUUUGCUGUUGGAGACUUGGAUCCCAUUUAUGGUGCAGAAAUGGCUGGAAGUCCACCAGCUGGAAUCUGCCUUCCUACUCAGAACACCGAGCUGUGUCCUGCUCCGCGUUUGGGUGCAUUAGGUCCUCCACCGCCAUAUGAAGAAAUUCUAAAAACAAACUGA